AUGACCAGCCAAGUCACAGGCUCCCCAGGUGCCCCUGCUGGAAAGAGCGCCCAGCGCCCAGCCUCCCCAGCACCGCACCGCGGGGGCCCGAGCAAGACCGCCAAGCCCUCUGCAGAGCGCCUGCCGGGUGCCCUCUGCUCGGGCACUGUCCAUCGGUGCAUCGACCACAGACGAGCCGACUCUGACGUGGACUUCGUGGCUUACACGGGACACCCUCAUGUCUUGAAAUCGCCACAGGCUGAUGACACAAGAGGAAACCUGAAGGCAAGCCAGCGGCCCCACGGGGAGGCUUCGUGCCGAGGCAGGUCAGGCCCCGCGGGGUCGCAGCAGGCCCGCCUCACGUCUCCCGGGCGGCCGGAGGCCCUGGCGCGAGUCCAGGCUGACGAGAGACUGGUCAGCUGUGUGGCCCCCACGAGGGCCGAGGGCGCCGGCGGUAACCGGCAUCCGUCCCGCUCUGGAGAGUUCACACGGGGUCAGCGUUGUCCAAAACCGGGGGCCACGCCGGCCCACACGGCGGUGCCGCACCCGCUGGGGCCUGUGGUCACUGCCCUGGAAGACGAGCUCCCCGCACGCCUGGAGAAGGUGCGCUUGGCCCCCCCUGCCCCGAGAGGGAGGCUGGCGUUGGUGGAGCGGCCGUCUGGGGAGAGGCCCCGGGGCCACCACCGUGCGUGGUACCACGGCGGUCUCUCUCGCCACGCGGCCGAGGCGCUCCUGCUCUCCAACGGCCGGGACGGCAGCUACCUCCUGCGGGACAGCCACGAGCAGGCCGGCCUGUACUCGCUCUCCGUCAGAGCCAAGGAGUCCGUCAAGCACUUCCACGUGGAAUACACCGGGUACUCAUUUAAAUUCGGCUUCAACGAGUUCUCGUCUCUGAAGGAUUUUGUCAAGCACUUUGCCAACCAGCCUCUGAUCGGCAGCGAGACAGGCACGCUGCUCGUCCUGAGACACCCCUACCCCAGAGCGGUGGAGGAGCCUUCCAUUUACGAGUCUGUGCGGGUCCACACGGCCAUGCAGACCGGGAGGACGGAGCACGACCUGGUGCCCACCGCGCCUUCGCUGGGCACCAAGGAAGGCUACCUCACCAAACAGGGCGGCCUGGUCAAGACCUGGAAAACACGAUGGUUCACUUUGCACAGGAAUGAGCUGAAAUACUUCAAAGACCAGAUGUCACCAGAACCAAUUCGGAUCCUCGACUUAACAGAAUGUUCGGCUGUACAGUUUGACUAUUCCCAGGAACGCGUGAACUGUUUUUGCUUAGUGUUUCCCUUCAGGACUUUCUACCUCUGUGCAAAGACAGGAGUGGAAGCUGACGAAUGGAUCAAGAUACUGCGCUGGAAACUGUCUCAAAUAAGGAAACAACUGGACCAAAGCGAAGGCACAAUCCGAUCUCAGUCGUUCAUCUUCAAGUAGGCCUUUCCCGACCGGGAGGCCCUGCCAGGAUCGCCCCCGGCCUGCCACCCUCCCCGGACUUCAGACGAAGCUGAUUUUUCUAUAAAAACCCAUCAAGAGCAGAUGCUGAUCUGGACCUUCCAGAGCCCACCACACCUGCUGACGAGG